UGCCGUACAAUGACGAGAUAUGCAAUGCCAACAGAUAAGACGGCCAGUAUGUCGUAUGAAGAGCUUUGUCAGGUUUAAUCAACGACGUCAGUCAGCGGGCCUAGACCUGUUGUUGUUUUGUACCGCAGCCGCCUAAGGAUCGCACAAGUAGGAUGGUGAACAUAGCCAGCGUGGGUACGGUUGUCAUCAAAGUGGUGAAGCUGGUGUUAAACAUAAUUAUACUAGUGCUGUACAGAACGGGAUAUAGGGGACAGUUUUUGGGAGUAGGCGGCACGUGGAAUCUAAACGAGGAGAAAAAUCCGGAUGCGGAAAUCGUGGCUUCCGGGGUGUUCAUAGGAUUCUUUAUAUACACCACGGUCAUACUGAUAUCCUAUGGGUUCGGCUCAAACCAUCAGAAGAAAACAUUGGUGGACAUCAUCAUGAACUUUGUGGGCAUGUUCUUGUUUAUCGCAGUCGGAGGGAUAGCUCUUCACUAUUGGAUAGGCUACCAGAACGAGAACAAGUACAUCAGUGUGACAUCGGAAAGGGCAAUAGGCAUAACGGUGGGAGUAUUGUGCGUGUUGUCUGGAGCCGUUUACCUAAUCGAUACGGUUCUGUCGUUUGUACACUUUGCACGCGAAAUAGAAUUCGAAUAACUCGCCAAUUCCUUUCCACUCCAAUCUAAUUCAUCAGAGGAUAUUUUUUUUAUAUUUUUUUUACACAAAACACCCUUUGAGCACACCGGAGGAACCAAACAAAACGCUGGGAAUAUUUGUUUUUAUUUGGUAUAUCAGUAGACUAAGCGUUUAAAUAUUACAUAAUAUUAUAUAUUAAUAUGUUUAUUCGCCUCUCUCAUCAUCGAUUCCAUCCAUGUAAUCUUUUUUUAUUAUUUGUACAUAAAACUAAUUAGUCGAUAAGAUAAAAGUUUUAAGUGUAGCAUAUAAAUGGAUACCUAUAAACGUAAUUGUGUACAAUAAUUUGGUUUCGAUAUUUAUUUUACUUAAAUCGUUUAUUUACUGAAACGUUAAGGCUAAUGCAAUAUUAAAAUGUAUUUUAACUCUUAUUGUCUAAAUAAAAUCAAUAUAGAUAUACGAUUAGAUAUUAAAUAGUGCAAUAUAAUUCAACACGUCAGCUGUCCAUAGAUAUUAAGUUUUA